CUUACCUUUUUUUUUAUAUCCUCUCUCUCUCUCUCUCUCUGAACAAGACCCAGCCAGCAGUUAGGGAAAUCAAGCACAGCUCAAUCAUUGAAUCUUAGCAUAAACACAUACAGAAGAAGGAAAAGUGGCACCCUGGGAGGAGCUGAUAUUGUAGGAGGGUUUGGAAGAAAAAGAAUUUUGUUUUGAGAUAUAUAUACAUAUAUGUGCAAGUGCAUAGGAAAUUAACACAAAAAGAUGACAUGGUGCAAUGACUCUGAUGAGGAUAGGGUUAUUGAAUCAACGACGCCAACAAUAACUAUUACUCCUAACACUGAUGGCAUAAAGCUCACCGAAGAAAUUAGAACCAUAACAUGCCCCUCGUGCGGCCAUAACAUUGAAUUCAAAGAUCAGGGUGGAAUCCAUGACUUGCCGGGGUUACCAGCUGGAGUGAAGUUUGACCCAAAUGACCAAGAAAUAUUAGAACAUUUGGAGGCAAAAGUGGCGUCUGAUGCAUGCAAGCUUCAUCCCCUUAUUGACGAGUUCAUACCAACGCUUGAAGGCGAAAAUGGGAUCUGUUAUACACACCCAGAAAAGCUACCAGGUGUUAGCAAAGAUGGACAGAUCCGCCACUUCUUUCACAGGCCCUCAAAAGCAUACACAACUGGAACGAGGAAAAGAAGAAAAGUUCACACUGAUGAUGAAGGAAGUGAAACAAGAUGGCACAAAACGGGAAAAACUAGAGCAGUUUUUGCAGCAGCCGGUGGUGCAGUAAAAGGUUUUAAGAAAAUACUAGUACUCUACACCAACUAUGGAAGACAAAAGAAGCCUGAGAAAACUAAUUGGGUGAUGCAUCAAUACCAUCUUGGCAGUACUGAAGAAGAGAAAGAUGGAGAAUUAGUUGUUUCAAAGGUCUUCUAUCAGACACAACCUAGACAAUGUGGCAAUCCCAUUAUAAUAAAGGAUUCAUACGAAAAAAUGUUGAAUGAUGGAAGUGGCCAAGACAACAUUAAUAUAUCAUUAAUACCUAAAACUACUGCAACUCUUUUGGAUUGCUACACUGCUCCUUACAUAGAUUAUGAUCACGUCCAUGUGAGUCAUAACAGGGAAAGUUCCUCACAACUAAUUAUUCCCAGCUCGGUUGUUCAAGUUGAUGGCUCUUAUAUUCGCUUAACAAUGGAUGCAAAGAAAGCAAGAUUUGAAAGUAACACUGGGAAGAGAUUCUAGGCAGAGCAGCAAUGACAAAGACUUGCAUAUAAAUGUUCUCCAUAUUGUUUCCUUUACUAAUUGAUCAGUACGUAACAUUAUUUAUAUGUGGGAUUAGAAUGAAGGAAUUUCAAGGGUUGGAAAAAUAAGUUGGCUUCCUUAUUAAGAUCAAUAUGGUGCAGGCAUGGUGGACUUAAUUUCCCAUAAUUGACCCUGGUUGAAGUUGAGAGACAAGCAAGUUAGGUAUAUAUAUUUGCGGUACUGUAGUUUGAUUUUAAUUUUAGGGUACAUGUAUAUUCGUAAAAUGUGCUUAUAGAUAUUACAAUAGUAGCAGGGAUAUCGUUUAUUGACUACUCUUCAGAACUAUAGUCAGUCUAUAUACUGUAUUUUGUCUAGAAUUGAAUUUUGCACCCCCUCAAUCCUGAAAAAAAUGCUGAGAUGUUUCAUUAUUAUUAUAUUAUGCGUGUCAGCUACUUAAUUUGCUGGGAAGUUUGUCCCUUGUAGUUUUCCCCCCUGUUUUCUUUGAAAGGUCGAUUGUAAAAUAAGGUGAAGACAGUAGAUUUAUCUUAUUUAUGGUUCUAAA